AUGAGCACCGACAAUAUCCCGACCCAGUUGGGCAUCGCCGGGGCCGUCGCGGUUCUACUGUUCCUACUGCGCCGAUGGUCGUCACGCUCGACUUUGCGUAAUAUCCCAGGUCCACCGCCUCAAUCCCAGUGGACAGGUAACUUGAAGCAAUGGUUUGCGCGUGACGGUGCAGACUUCCAACGGGAUGUUUCUUUCAACUAUGGACCCGUCGCGAAAAUCCAUGGCUUCCUUGGGCGGCCCAUUUUGUACGUUGCUGACCCUAAAGCGCUGCAGACUAUCCUUGUCAAGGAAGAACAAGUCUAUCAAGAAACUAAGGCGUUCUUCGCCAUGACAUAUUUGCUCUUUGGUCCGGGUCUACUAGCAACUGCUGGCGAGAAGCAUCGCAAACAAAGGAAACUGCUGAACCCAGUAUUCUCGAUCAAGCAUAUGCGUCAUAUGCUCCCGAUAUUCUAUGGCGUUUUACACAAGGUCCGCGAUGCGAUAACAAUGCGCGUCUCAGACGGUCCCCAAGAGAUCGACAUGCUUAAAUGGAUGGGCCGGACUGCCCUGGAGCUUAUUGGCCAAGGUGGCUUGGGCUAUUCGUUUGAUAAAUUGGUCGAGGACGGCGACAACGAGUACGGCCGUGCCAUGAAACACCUUCAGCCAACCUUGCAACGCAUCAAUGUCCUUAGACGGCUGGUCCCAUAUGUCUACAAGCUGGGACCAGCGUGGUUCCGGCGCAUGGUCAUGCAUUACUUCCCACUUGGACAGGUGCGGGACGCCAAAGAGAUCGUGGACACGAUGCAACGCUGCUCUUCGGAGAUCUUCACGUCGAAGAAAAUCGCUCUGGCACGCGGCGAUGAGGCGGUUAUGAAGCAAGUAGGAGAAGGGAAAGAUAUCAUGAGCAUCUUGAUGAAAGCCAAUUCUAUGGCUUCCGAGGCUGACAGGAUCCCAGAGGAGGAGCUUGUGGCUCAGAUGUCAACGUUCCUUUUCGCGGCUACUGACACCACGUCGAACACGCUGGCUCGCAUUCUGCAGCAACUCGCCAUCCAUCCAGACACACAGCAGAAGUUGCGCGAAGAAAUUCUGGCUGCGAAUGCUGAAGAGUACAUGGCGUAUGACGAUCUGGACGCUCUCCCUCUACUAGAUGGGGUAUGCAGAGAGACUCUGCGAGUUUUCCCCGGUGUCACCAAUCUGGCGCGCACACCGACUCAAGAUACAAUCCUUCCUUUGUCCGAACCCAUCGUCGGCACCGACGGCACCGUCAUGCGCGAGAUUCUGGUCCCAAGAGGCACGGAAAUCCUCAUUGGUAUACAGGGCAGCAACGGGCGCAAGGAGCGCUGGGGUGAAGACUCUUAUGAGUGGAAGCCGGAACGCUGGCUCUCGCCGCUUCCGAAGACAGUGACAGAAAACCCCGUCCCAGGGGUGUACUCUAAUCUGAUGACAUUCAUGGCAGGAAGACGAGCUUGCAUCGGAUUCAAGUUCUCCGAAAUGGAAAUGAAGGUCGUUCUCGCCGUUUUACUUUCGAACUUCACCUUCGAGUUGACCGAUAAGCCCAUCGAAUGGAACAUAUCUGGAGUCCGAUACCCUACGGUUGGCAAGGAUAGCAACGUGGCUCAGCUUCCACUUAAGGUUGGGUUGUACAAAAAGCCUACGCUCCAAUGA